GUUUUUCUCCACCUUCCCUGCCCUUCCUCCCUCACCUUCUUCCUGACUAGCUCCUCUCCUCCAGGGUCCAACUGAGUCCGGGCUGAUCACAGGCACACACAGAGAGGACAGACCCCAACACAGCUCCAGGAGUCCGGAUACCAGCUGCCUGAGGGAAGGCCCAGGAGCCGUGCACAGCCAUGGCAGCCGUCAGCUUGCUGGUGCUGGGCCUGCUCACCUCAGUGCCCGCUGUCAGCUGUACAGGUCUGGGGAACCUGCAGCCCUGGAUGCAGGGCCUUAUCGCUGUGGCUGUGUUCCUGGUCCUUGUUGCCAUUGCCUUUGCUGUCAACCGCUUCUGGUGUCAGGAAGAGCCGGAGCCAGUGAACAUGGUGAUGGCAGUUGGAAACAAGGCUGAUGGGAUCCUGGCAGGAACAGAUGGGAGGUACUGCUCCAUGGCCACCAACUUCAGGUCCACUGAGCACCCGAAUGCCUUUGAGAACAUCACUGAGGAAGAGGGCAAGGUCCGGAGCACCCCCAUGUGACCUCUACUUUCUUUGGACUCCCCCGCCUCCCACCCCGCAGUUUCCCUUUCCAGAGCCCUGCAUCCAGGCAGGGCCAGCCCACUUCAUUUCUGUGCAGGAAUCCAUAGUGAGGGGGACUUGUCCAAGACCACAUCUGCCCACCCUCCCUUGACUUGGCAUCAGCUAAGGUCACAGUUCAGACUGAGCCCAUGUUGGACCUUAGCUAUGGCCCUGGGGUGCCAGGGGUGGGGGGGUGUCUCCCACCCAAUUCAAAUCAAAAGAGCCUCCCAAGAACUGUGGUUAGUUACCUCAGCACCUCCUCUGUUGCCUCACCUCUCUCACUUCACCUGCAGAAGUGGCCCUUAUUUCUGUGAAAUAAAGACAGUUUCUAUUUCUG